AACUCCGCAUUAUGAGGGUGAAUUUACCUCACUUUGCAAUAUUGCUGGCUAUUAUUUCUCGGGUUCAAAGCAGAAAUUUAACGCCAAUGGACGUUGUUAAAGGACGCGUCAAUGAAGGACUUAUUCCAGACACAUAUACUGAGGGGAAUAUUUUUGACAUCGAACCUUCUCUGAGCAUCCCAGAUAUCAAUGCCCGUGAAGGCGUACUGGGGCAACUCAAGGAAGGUGACUUGAUGCAAAAGGAUACAAGAAAUACUAUAGUGGAUGAUGAAGGUUACAAGGAUUACUUCUGGCCAAACAAGACAAUUCCAGUUGCUUUUACCAAUGCAACAACGCUGUUUGGCAAAGCAGCUAUAGACGAAGCAAGACGGGAAUAUGAACUACGUACUUGUUUGUCUUUCCCUGCCAGAACUAACGAAGAAAAUUAUUUAAUAUUUGACCAAUUGUCGGGAUGCUGGUCCUAUGUCGGAAUGCAAGGAGGAGAGCAGACCGUUUCCAUAGGUAGAGGGUGCGAAGAUAUGUCCACAGUUGAGCACGAGUUAAUGCAUGCAAUUGGAGUUUGGCACGAGCAGUCAAGAGCUGAUAGAGACGAUUAUAUUGAAAUAAUGUGGGACGCUAUAUCACCAGAUAUGGCUUACAACUUCAAUAAUUACCCAUACAACGAGACCGAUAACCGGAGAGUUGCGUAUGAUUUUGAUUCUGUGAUGCAUUAUGGAAAAACGGCCUUCACGGAGGACGGAAAUAUAACAAUCAGAACACGUGACCCAAAGUUUCAAGACGUGAUUGGUCAACGCAGUACAUUCAGCCCAGGUGAUGUGACAAAGAUCAAAAGAAUGUAUGAUUGCAGUGAUACCGUCAGAAUCAGUAAUACCGUAAAUUAUGAAAAAACGAAUGCUGGAGGGUAUUCAGAAGACAACAGUGACGUCAUGUGGUUACGUCAUAACAUAGAAACGUCAGACGCAUCUGGUCCAACAACUAAGUAUUUACCAAAAUUUGAUUCGACGUUUGGAACAGAGGGAGAAGGUAGCUUCAUGUACCUUGAUACCUCGACCAAAUUCCCUGGACUUUCUGGAGGAAUGAAGUCGAUGCGUUAUACAACUACUGUAGAAAAGCAAUGUCUCGAAUUCUCACACUAUAUAAACCUAAAUGAAGGAAGCGGGGCCUCAAUGGCAGUUUACCUCGCCACGCUUGACCCCGUAUCAGGGGAAAUCACUUCGUACGGUCAACCGUUAAAAAUGUUUGGUGGCAAAUCGAUUGGAGCUCAUGAUGUUGAAUGGAACGUGGAACGAAUGACAAUUUCAGCUCCAGAAUCGUUCAGAAUUGUCUUCUGGGGAAAGACAGGUGGAUUCUAUAAUGACAUCAUUGCCGUUGAUGACGUCAGUGUUUUGGACAAAGAAUGCGAUACGUCAUUCUUCACCGUACCACAGUAUUCCAUGAUGGCUGAUAUGUACGAGGUUAAUGAGUAUUCUACGAGUCCGAUAAUGUACACUGGAAACCCUGGAUAUGCUUUUCAAAUUAUGAUAUAUCCUAACGGCACACAAUCUGCAGUCGACGCUGGAAACCCGGGCUACUUUGGCGUUUUCUUUCGUCUAGUUGGUGGAAAAUAUGACGAUGAGUUAGAAUGGCCUUUCAACAAUCAGUUUGUUCGACUUGUCCUCACUGAUCAAGGCCCUAAACCAUUAUCUAGAAUGAACCAUUAUAGUAAUUUCCUCACCGACUCGGCUUCUCCUUUUUUCAUGGCUUACCAGAAACCAUCUGGAUUGGGGUCUUUCAAUGAUGCUGUCGGUUACCGAUACUUCAUAAGCAAAGAGAGUUUCCACAAUAGAAGGUAUCUGAAGCAUGAUGUGGCAUAUUUCUCAGUACAAGUUACAGAUAUGCGUCCUUUUGAAAAUAGUGACGAAAUAUCGGCUCAACUGACAAAUCCAGUAGUGAAAAAUCUAAGGAAUCUCCCAAAUUCACUGCACUAUCCCAUGGAAUACGAAAUGGACGAGUCUCAGUCAUCUCAUAGCCAUCACCAUAGCUACGAUACUGAUGACGCUGGUGAUAAUGAAAUGAUUUCAGUCAAAACAGCCUCGAUCAUUAUCAUUGCUACAUCAGGAGCAGUAUUCUUGUUCAUGGCAGUUCUAAUCUGCCUCGUUGCUUCUUCUUACAAAAAGAAAAUAAAGCAAGCGCCAGUUAUCAUGAAUAACGUAAGGUACGGUCCUGGGCUUGCUAAAGACACAUCUGUAAAGUACGCUGAACGCCCACCUAUCAUGUAAAUCGACGAUCUAUAUAUUCAUAUCAUUCAUACCGUGUUAUAUCAAUCUGUGUAUUUUUAAAUUUGAUAAAAAAUAUUGGAGAUGGGUGAGGUGUUGGUUUCCGUUGUUUUACUUUUGCUGGACUACCUCAAACACAUCAUUAAAAAACAUAUUUACCUUGAUGCUGGAGCUAACUAAAUGUUUUCACCACGGCUGACCACGCCUUCUCAUUAAAAGCAAUAAAUUUGUAAAGCCGAUUCAUCUAUGCAAAAGUUUUCAAAUCAAUUACGACAUUUUUAAUAUUUGAAAUUAUAUUACCUUUUUA